AUGGCAACCAUAAAUCUUCCGCCCGGUUUCAAGAUCGAUCAUGCCCAGGUCCAUGCCAAGCCAGGUGCGCCACGCACACAACCCGCGCCUUUGGGUGUGCUGGCAAAGCUCAGUGAAAAAAGCUUCACUGGAACAGGCCUUAAUACAAUCUUUCGCCCAAACAGCGGACCACCACCACUAGGAACAUCAUUUCCCAAUUCCAUCUCUCCAACCCCUCCAGCGUUCCCCAGCGACAAUGUCUUGGAGUUGAAUCUGACAAAAGAGACAAUAACAUUCUCUCAGCCACUUUCUGCUGUAGCUAAUCGUGGAUUUGGGUCACAGAAUGACAUCUUCCUCAAUGGCGUGCCUUACAUACAGGCUGUCAAUGAUGUAUCGAACAUGGAGACUGGAAGGGGUGAUGGCAAUCCCAUUGGGAUUCACUUUGAGACUGGAAUGUGGAUGAAAAUCCCGGCCACAGACAAUCCAGCCCUUGGAGAUUCGCUUGUGCGCAUGGGAUCCAUUCCACAUGGCACAACUAUCAAUGCUCAAUGCCUAGAGCCUACAAGCACAUUCCAAGGUGCACCAAACAUAUCACCAGUCAGCUUGAAGCCUUUCGGCGUGGGCAACGUGAAUUCAAAAAUUCAGCUUAAUAGCCUAAAUAUUCAAGACUCUGCUACUCCUCGGCUCCCACAGGAUCUCUCAAGGUUUAAUGAUGCUGGCACUAUCACCCAAGAUGUCCUGGACGACCCAAAUACCGUUUUGCGCAACAGCAUCAAGGGGCAAAAUAUUACACAGACCAUCACCUUUACAGUGUCCACGGACCCUCCGCCUCCCGAUUUCGGUGGUGGGGCGGCGAACAUUGCAUUCUUAUUAGGCAAUCCUGGGGCCACGGCUCCAAAUGCAAAUGCGUUCCAGAUGCAAGCUACCUUCUGGGUUGAGACAGUGGAAUAUUCUCUCACAGUUCCAGCAUUCAAACCUGGACAAGCACCUAUGGAAAUCUCAGCCCCGGAGUCACUAUCAGGCCAGCCGCGGCCAGUGUUCCUCGUCAGCCCACCAUAUGAGAUCACGUCGCCCAAAACGAUCAAUGUCACUUCAACACAGAUCCAGUAUUCCCAGGUAGUAUUUAUGAACUUCGACGGUAUAACCUGGCCGCAUAUCUCAGUGUCGACGCUGGUUCCUUCAACGCCUGUGCUAGUCCCAGACUCAGUCUGGAGUUGA